AUGAACGAAAUAAGGUCUUUGGAACAUUCAACGUUGAAGGUGCCGUAUGAAGUGUUCAACAAACGAUAUCGCAAUGCCCAACGUGUGUUUGACGUGGAGGCCCGUCAUGUGGGGACUGUGGCCACCGAAGUAGACAAUGCUACGAAGAAGCAAGGAGUGACUUCCGGAGAGAUUGAUACUCUUCUUGGUGGCAUGGUUGAAAAACUGACAACAAUGAAGCGUAAAGCAUCUGAAGCUAUUGCGGAAGAGGUGCAAGCCGCUUAUGUUUGCAAGAAGAGGCUGGAGCACCUGAAGGAACAAGCAGCCGCACUUACUGAGCCCAGCACUCCACAGGUCAAGACGAGCUUGAACCAGUGGCGCAAGGUACGACUGGACAGAAUGCUCGUCGAGUACUUCCUGCGCAACGGCUACUAUGACUCGGCUAACAAACUAGCUGAUGCUAGGGGACUGAGGGAGCUUACUAAUGUUGAUAUCUACACGGUAGCAGCCGAAGUAGAGGCGGAGUUGAACUCGCAGCGCACCGCGCGCUGCCUGCAGUGGUGCGCCGACAACAAGUCCAAGCUGAGGAAACUCAACUCUACCAUGGAGUUCAAGAUACGGAUACAGGAGUUCAUAGAGUUGGUUCGCGAGGACAAACGCUUGGAAGCUGUCAAAUACGCGAAGAAGCACUUCUCCACAUUCGAGGAGGACCAGCUUAAGGACAUACAGCACUGCAUGGGCAUGCUCGCCUUCCCCAAGGACACAGAAGUGGAGCCCUACCGCAGCCUGCUGCAGCCGGGGCGCUGGGAGGGGCUGGUGAAGCAGUUCCGCUGGGAGCACUCGCGCCUGCUGCACCCGGCGCGGCUGGCGGCGCUGCCGGUGGCGCUGCAGCUGGGGCUGGCGGCGCUGAACACGCCGAUGUGCUACAGCGCGGCGUCGCGCGUGGCGGCGUGCCCGGCGUGCCAGCCGCCGCUGGCGACGCUGGCGGCGACGCUGCCGCACGCGCACGUGUCGCACUCGCGCCUGCUGUGCCGCAUCUCGCGCGCGCCGCUCAACGAGCACAACCACCCCAUGGUGCUGCCCAACGGACAGGUCUACGGGGAGAAGGCCCUAAAAGAAAUGAUGAAGGAGCACGGUUCCAUCAUCUGCCCCAAGACCAAAGAGGUGUUCUGUAUGAAACGCGUCGAGAAAGUGUAUGUAAUGUAA